UACCGCGAAAGUCAGCCAUAUUGUCUACUUGACGUAAAAUCUUUAACAAUCUUACUGUUUGAAUAACGAAUACAUGCGUUUUGGUGCGUAAUGUUGAACCUUUGAUGCCGGCUUUAUUGUAUAGAGUAGUUAUUUCUUUGGUGUGUAGUGUACUGAGACCCGUAUGCGGGAUCGCUCAAGACCUAUGAGGACUCCAAUACAUUCGGCUACCGCUUUGCAAUGAGCCAGAAGAGUAAAUACACUGGGGUCUCACAAAACAUACAGCAACAGGCCAGAGGACCGCACAGUAUACAACAUCGAGGACCGGCUCAAGUUCAAGUGUCACGGCCAGACGACUACCGACAGCUGCAGCAUAGCUAUUCCCUGCGUGGCAGCGGUGGUGCAGUGAGCGGACCUGGCGUGGGGCCCGUUGGAGCCCAUGACAUGAGCAAGACGUUGGGCUCUCAGGGGGGGCCACCAGUCACCCUGGCCAGCAUCUAUGCCUCUGCGGUGGCCGGAGGGUCCCAGAUGGGAGGUCCCCAGGGCACCCCCCUCGCCCCUCCUCCAGCCUCGCAGUCGGGGGCCGCUCCUCCUGGUGUAGUGCAGGGACAACAUCUACAAGGCUCCUUGUCCGGCACUAUUCCGUACUACACAGCAAGACAGGGCCAGCCUCCGCAGGUAGCUCCGCAGCAGCCAGGGCAGCAGCCUCCACAGGUACAGGGUGGUGGGCAGGCGGGCCCCCAGGGUGGUGGACCCCAGAGGCAGGUGUCGGGAGGUCGUCCUCCUGUGCAGGGUGGCCUAGGACCCAUGGGCCUGGCGGGCAGCUCACCCCAGGGCCCAGCGUACUCGACGGCGCAACUCCUCAACUACCCCGGUCAGCAGGCCACCUACCAACCGCAGCACAUUCCACAGCACAUCAUCAUGAGCAAUUGUCCCGUGCCCAUUCAGGCAUACCAAUCUCAGAGGUCCCAGUUUGGUACAGCCCAGCCCCUCUACUACCAACCCUAUGUGCAACAUCCCCAAGCCAUGUUCUAUGCCGCAGCGCCCCAAAUGCAAAUGACCAUGAGUAGCGGAGGGGCGCCCCCUGCUGCCCAGCCACCGAGAGGACAGCACACGCCCCCGGCUGGGCCUCCAGUGCUCCCUGCCCGUCAGAGGAAGAUCUUGGAGAUCGUCAAUCCCGACACUGGAAAGAACAUUUUUGACGAGGCAGAUCACGCCAGUCCUGGAGCACCGGUGGACCAGUCCAGAUCGACGCCUCCCACCGACACGCACCCUUCCGGCGGCAACGACGUCGCAGGCAUGUUCGCGGCGCAGGUUGCGGCUGCCGCAGCUUCGACGACUCAACCCCCCCACAAAAUGAUGCCCCCCGCGGCACCCCCCGUGGAGCUGGCGGCCGCCCUCCACACGCCCCACGAGCCCCCGCGGGUCGUGGCGGAGGUGCCUCCCCCCCGGGAAGCCGUGGACGAGAGCUCCCCCGUCGAGGUGGCAGCGACGCCGGAGGAGGUCGCGGAAGAGGUCCCGGUGCCAGUUGAGGCGGCGGUGCCGGAAGUGCUGCCCGACGAGGUUGAUGCUCCGGCGGAGGCGGAGGAUACUGUGGUGGACAACAGUGUAGAUAGGACGCCCGUGGGUGUGGGUGUAGAGGAAAAAAGCGAAGACAAGGAGAGGCUCAACAGUGAACCGGCGGAGACUGCCGUGGUGGUGGAGGCGCCCGCCGCCGCCAGUGCGCCGACUGUUCCCUCCCAGCCGCCGCCCACCCCUGCCGUUGUGGUGAUGCCCGCGGCGGAGCCUGCAAAGGAGACGCUCGAAGGGCGGGAGACGAAAAAGUCUAGCAAGAAGAAGAAGAUGAAAGAAUGGAACAAAAAGGGCGAAAGCAAGGAAGGUGGCGACAUGGACGCCUUCGUUGACAAAGAGGAGUCGGCGCAGCAGCACCGAAUAACCCCCGUGCAGACGUCGCGGUCCCCCACUCCGCCCACCGUCGCGACUGACGCAGUUCCCGUCGAGGUCGCGGACCAAGAAGAUGAGGAGCACCGGCGGCAGGUGGUCAUGAAGAACGAGGAGAACAUACGCGUGUCCCGCGAAGCCGCCCUCAAGGAGGAAGCCGCCCACGUGAAUUCGGAGACGGUGGCUGACGAGGUUGUCCCGGAGACGGAUGCCCCCGCGGCGAUUGAGAACGACGAUUCUCAGGAGGAGCCGGUUGAGGAUGAAGCCUCCGACAAGGAAGCCGGCGACUUCCCGGAGGUCAAGCAGACUACGCUAAAGUACGAGUAUCGGGAAGACCAGUGGAGCCCCGUGAACCCUGAAGGUCGUAAGAUGUACGACCGGUCCUUCUUGCUGCGGUUGCAGGGAGAGCCAAUGUCCUUACAAAAGCCCUACGGGCUGCCAAAUUUAGACGUCAUCAAGGAUACGGUGACGCAGCACAAGCUACCGGACGUCCAGCGGUAUCCGUUCCAGGCCAUGCAGGGCCAGCCGGGGGUAGGUCAGGGUCGCAACCACCCCGAGCACCUGUUCAUGCCCUCUUACGCCCGCAACGGUGUGGCCCGUCCGCCCAUGGGUAGCGGGGGAGGCGUCGGCCGCAGGCAGAGCCAGCCCGGCCGCGGAGGCGAGAAGCCCAAGAAGGUGAUCACGUUGUCGAGCUCACUCAACCAGGAGGUGAAGCUGCACGCGGCAGAGAAGGCCUGGAAGCCGACGCACAAGGUUGCCCUGGAUAGUACCACCGAGGAUGUGGGUGCUGAGGACCUCUACCGUAAGGUGCGCGGCAUCCUGAACAAAUUGACGCCCCAGAAAUUCCAGUCCCUCGUGGAGCAAGUUCGGAACCUGGAGAUUAACUCGGAGGAGCGGCUCAACAGGGUCAUUGACCUGGUCUUUGAGAAAGCUCUCGACGAGCCAAACUUCAGCGUUCCCUACGCCAACAUGUGCAAGCAACUGGCCAUGUUCGAAGUGCCUAUGAAGAAUGGUGGUGAGAACCAGAUGGUGAACUUUCGAAAACUGCUGCUCCUCAAGUGCCAGAGGGAAUUUGAGAAAGACACAAACGACGAAAUCAAGGAACGCCAGAAACAGAUAGAGGAGGCUACGACCGACGAGGACAAGGCCCGGCUGACUGCCGAGCUCGCCGAGGACGAGAAGAAGUUCAAGCGGCGGUCGCUGGGCAACAUCCGCUUCAUCGGGGAGCUGUACAACUUGAACAUGUUGACCGCACCCAUCAUGUACGACUGCUUGCGGCGGUUGUUGAACUCUAAAGACGAGGACUCACUAGAGUGUCUAUGCAAGCUUCUCAUUACAAUAGGCAAAGAAUUGGAUAAUCAUUCUGCAAAAGCUGGUCAAGCAGCACAGGCAACAAUGCAGAGUGGGAAAUCAGGUCCCCCUUCUCUGCGUGCACAGUUGGACGAGUAUUUCCGCACGAUGGAGUCAAUUGUCAAGAAGAGGGAGGUGUCGCUCCGGGUGGUCUUCAUGCUCCAAGACGUCAUUGACCUGCGCCUGAGGAAAUGGGUUCCGAGGAGGGACGAGAACAUCCCCAAGACGAUCGACCAGAUCCACGAAGAAGCUCAGAGGGAACAGGUGCACGAGAAGCUGAUGCGGGACUCGAUGCCUCCCCCGCGUCGGGAAGAGCGCGGGGACCGGCGCAAGAACCGCGGCGGAGGGGCGUACGACGACGGCAGUGGCUGGAACACUGUGCCUUCCAAGAAGCACGUGGAUGUGAACAAGCUGAAGCAGAUCAACACAAAGCCCACGGAGAUGGACUCGAUCCAGCUGGGACCUGCGUCACGCAUGUCUUCCUGGGCCAAGGGCAGCAGUGGCGGCAGCAAGGCUGUCAACCAGGAGAGCGAGAACAGGCCAGCUGCGAACAGGUUCUCUGCGCUAGCGGACACACCUGCGUACGACUCUAGAAGAAGUGCACAGAGGUCGACCGCGUCGAGCCGGGAGUCCAGCAGGGGGCGUGGCAGCAGCGGUGGUCCCGGUGCGACAACGCCGUCCGGUGUGCGCAAGGUGCCCUCUCAGUCGCGGGAGCGCGACUCUGCCCUUGCGGCUGUCAAGCACAUGGCCAGCCUGAACGCCGCGCCGGACUCGGGCUCGGAGCCCCCCGCUGCCUCGGCAGUCCAACCACCGGCUUCUCGUGGCGAUGUCUCCCUAGCCGUUAAGGACGCGGAAUUGGCGCUGAAGGGAUCUGCAAACAUGGACGACGAAAUGCUCAGGACGAGGACGGAGGCCCUUGUGGACCAGUUUUUGUGCAACAGUGACUUCCAGGAUGCAGUCCAGAAUGUGACAGAACUGGCAGCACCUUCCAAUGUGGCAUUUGUCAUUUCCACCGCAAUCAGUCACGUGCUGGAGCGGGCUUCGGAAGCACGUUCACUGGUUGGCCAGUUGCUCAAAGAAUUAGUCAGAAGAAAGGUGGUUUCCAUGGAACUCUUCACCAAGGGGCUGCACGAGGUCCUGCAGUACGGUGAGGACAUGGAGAUUGACAUUCCCAAGGUGUGGGAGUACGUAGCCGAGCUCCUAGUGCCACUCUUCCAGGACAACUGGUUGCCCCUCAACUAUUUGGUGGAGGCAUCCGAAGUCUGCAAGGCAAACGGUCGGGCAGGGCGCAUGGUGGCAUGCGUUCUCUCUCUGCUCACAAAGAAAAUGGGAGAGGCCAACGUGACGAACCUGUGGAGGACGUCGGGUCUCCAGUGGAGCAAUUUCCUUGCACCAAACGAAGACGUCGAUGCUUUCGUCAAGGCCAAUAACGUUGCAUGGACGUUAACGUCAGGUGGCCCCGUGACGUCUACACGCAUGGUUGACGUGGAGAGUCAGCUCAACUUCCUCAUCGUUGCCAAGAAGGCCAAGGCGCCCGAAAUAAUGCUGUGGAUCGAGAGUAAUCUAGACGAGUCAUUCAGGCAAAAGCCUCAAUUCAUCCGUGCCUUGGUUAGCGUCAUUGCUCAGAACGCCAUUGUCACUCCCAGGGGUGGAGCUGCUGUACUGAACCCGGAUAUCUUGAAGAGCUACUUUGCGGUCCUGCAGAAGUACCUAGAUAAUAAAGAGGAGCACGAACUCCAGGCUUUGUAUGGUUUGCAAGCACUCAUGAACAGAUUAGAACAUCCAAAAGGAGUCUUAGUAGCGCUGUUUGAUACUUUCUACGACUGCGAGCUCAUCUCGGACGACGCCUUCACGCAAUGGCAACAGAGCGAGGACCCUGCGGAGCAGGAGGGCAAGGGGGUCGCCCUCAAGUCUGCCACCUCUUUCUUCACCUGGCUGGGCGAGAUGGAGGGGGACUCGGGAGAUGACAACUGACCCCCCCACCCUUGUGGGGCACCUUAGAGAAGACUUUUUUUUUUUCUUUUCUUCAAAUUGUUCGCCAGACUGAUUGAGCGAGAGAGAGAGAGAGAAAGAGACUGUUACGUGUGUGAAGUGUGCUAGCGCGCAUGUGUGUUUGUGGGAAGCUAGGGGCACCUUUUUUGCAUUUGUAAUGUUGUAUACAUCUGCUGACAGAAAAACAUGAAACACACAUAUAUAUAUAUAUAUAAUAUACAUAUAUAUAUAAAUAUACACAUAUUUUUGCCAAUUCUCCCGGAGGGGGACGUCUGGCAAAAAAAGAAAAAGGGGGUGCACUCGCAGGGGAGGAGCAAUUUUUUUUUUUUUUUUCGUGCGGGCAACGGCCCCUUGUUGCAACGUCGUAGCAAAAAAAAAAAGUUUCUGGUUCUCUUUUUCAGAGUUAUUUUUUUAGAGAGGUAGUUUUUGGUUUCGGCACUUGACGAGGUGAAUCUUGGAAGCAGCCUCCCCCGCCUCCUUUAAGUUUAAGGGGAAGUGCAACAGCGUAAACGUCGGUGGAUGGCCGGGCGUAAUCCGGCAAGAAUACUGUUGGGCGGAAGAAAUGCACACACCUGGUGUGGCAAGAGGAGUGUUGGUUGUUUGCCCCCCCUUCCUUUUUUUUUAAGCAAUUCACCUCAGAGUGUGCAAGGGGGACGUGCCCUUCCCCUUCUGGACCUGACCUUAGGGAUGAAAUAAAGAAAUCGUUUAAGUUAUUUAGCAUGUUACACACACGCAAAACAAAAAAUGGGGAGCUAGAAUUUAAGAACAUUCCUAUACUUCCCUAAAUGUUGCUGCAGUUGAAGCCCCUCCCCCUUUUUGAUGCUGGUGAUCUGUGGCUAAAGGGGUUUUAUUUGUUGUCAGGACCCCCCUUUUUGCUUAUUUAAGAAAAUUCUGUCACGAGUGCUAUCUAGGAGAAAUUUUUUGGGGCCCCCGUUAGCUGCCAAGGGAAAGAGUGGCGAAACCUGCGGCCUUUUUUUUUCAGAGGCUGUCAAAGUGUAAAUAAAGUGGACUGUCUGACUUGGCAGCCACCUUUGGCUUAUGAUGCGAAGCAAAAUAAAACUUGGACUUAUGAACUUUGA